UGGGGCUGGGUUGUGGGUCUCACUGCCCCCCAUGUCCCCAUAGGUGUCUUUGUGGCUGGUUAUAGUUGCUCUGCAAGGAACGAGAUCCUGCAACUGCUGCCACCACCAACAGUGCAGGGAAAGGAGAGUCAGCUCCUGUGUCCAAACAGGGAUUUUAAGGUUGAAUGUGGAGGUUUCUCCAACCGCCCGAUUUAUGAACUGAAACAUGUGCCAGGAACCAGGUGUCAUUAGACCCAUAAGUUCCAUCAGGACGGAGAACGGCCCCAUGGGGAGCUGGGCCAAGAUGGCGACUGACGCAAUGAGACCCACGUGGGUCCUGCACGGCUGCGGGGUCAGCAGCGCCCAGAUAACGGAGCUGGAGACACACAGCAAGGUCUAUAGGGCAGCCCCCAGCAGCAGCCCAUUGGAGCUGAGCAGCCUGUCCUUCCUGGACCCCAACACUGCGUUGCUGUGCUGCGCGUCGGGGCAGCUGUGCAUGGCCGACACCCGGCAAUGCAUCGCCCUGCAACCCGCAGCCAUCCCUGCAGCGCAGCCUGGCCAGCGCUGGCACAUGGCGGCUGCAUGCACAGCUCCCAGCACCCAUUACAUCGCAUGCAUCUCUAACACGGGGCAGCUGGUGCUGCUGGAUGCAAGGAAUGCGUCGCAUUGUUUGGCCGCAGCCAAGUGCAGGGUUGCAACUUGCAGCAGCGAGUUCUUGAGCGUGUCCUGGGCUCCUGCCCUGCAGGGCUGCGUCGCUGUGUCGGGUUUCGAUGGCACCGUUUGCAUUUACGACACUUGCAGCUGGGACGGGCGCGACGCUGCGCCGCUGUUUGUGCAUCGCGGCCACGCGCUGCGGCUGCAGCCAUUGGUCACUGCACACACGUGGCACCCACACAAAGCACGGACUGUGCUGUCUGCAGCCAGCAAUGGAGCAUUGCACGUCUGGGAAUGGGUGCAGCCUCACUGCAGCUGAUGCAGGGGAUGCAUUGGGGGCUGCAGUGCUGGGGGGUGCAACGUGAUGCAUUGGGGGCUGUUCUGAUUGGAGGUGCAACGUGAUGCAUUGGGGGCUGCAGUGCUGGGAGGUGCAACGUGAUGCAUUGGGGGCUGCAGUGCUGGGAGGUGCAUUGGGGAGCAUUGCUGCUCUGCUGGGAGGUGCAACGUGAUGCAUUGGGGGCUGCUCUUCUUGCAGGUGCAAGGUGAUGCUCACAUCUGGGGCUGGGUGCAGCCUCAGUGCAGCUGAUGCAGGGGAUGCAUGGGGGGCUGCAGUGCUGGGAGCUGCAACGUGAUGCAUUGGGGGCUGUUCUGAUUAGAGGUGCAACAUGAUGCAUUGGGGGCUGCAGUGCUGGGAGGUGCAUCGUGAUGCAUUGGGGGCUGCAGUGCUGGGGGGUGCAACGUGAUGCAUUGGGGGCUGCAGUGCUUGGAUGUGCAGACCUGGAUGCUCUGCUUGCAGGUGCAAGGUGAUGCAUUGGGGGUUGCUUUGCUUGGAGGUGCAACAUGAUGCAUUGGGGGCUGCAGUGCUGGGAGGUGCAUUAGGGAGCAUUGCUGCUCUGCUGGGAAGUGCACAGGGGAGCCUGGAUGCUCUGCUUGGAGCUGCAAUGUGAUGCAUUGGGGGCUGCAGUGCUGGGAGGUGCAACGUGAUGCAUUGGGGGCUGCUCUUCUUGCAGGUGCAAGGUGAUGCUCACAUCUGGGACUGGGUGCAGCCUCAGUGCAGCUGAUGCAGGGGAUGAUGCAUGGGGGGCUGCAGUGCUGGGAGCUGCAACGUGAUGCAUUGGGGGCUGCAGUGCUGGGGGGUGCAACGUGAUGCAUUGGGGGUUGCUUUGCUGGGAGGUGCAUUGGGGAGCAUUGCUGCUCUGCUUGCAGGUGCAACGUGAUGCAUUGGGGGCUGCUCUGCUUGCAGGUGCAAGGUGAUGCUCACGUCUGGGGCUGGGUGCAGCCUCAGUGCAGCUGAUGCAGGGGAUGCAUUGGGGGCUGCAGUGCUGGGAGGUGCAACGUGAUGCAUUGGGGGCUGCAGAGCUGGGAGGUGCAACGUGAUGCAUUGGGGGCUGCAGUGCUGGGAGGUGCAUUGGGGAGCAUUGCUGCUCUGCUGGGAGGUGCAACGUGAUGCAUUGGGGGUUGCUUUGCUUGGAGGUGCAGAGCGGAGCCUUGCUGCUCUGCUGGGAGGUGCAAGGUGAUGCAUUGGGGGUUGCUUUGCUUUGCUUGGAGGUGCAAGAUGAUUCAUUGGGGGUUGCUUUGCUGGGAGGUGCAACGUGAUGCAUUGGGGGUUGCUUUGCUUGGAGGUGCAGAGCUGGGCCUGGGUGCUGGAACAUGGAGUUGCAAGGGCUGUUUGUUUUGCUCUGCAUUCCCAUUAUUUGUUGGGAUGAGUUUGUUUGCAUUGUUUGCUCUGUUCUUGGAGUUGCAAAGGCACAGAGUUGCAAAGGCUGUUCCUUUUGCAUUCCCAUUUGCAUCUGUUCCUUCUGCACUCCCAUUUGUUGGGAUGAGUUUGAUUGCAUUGUUUGUUCUGUUCUCGGAGUUGUUUGCUCUGCUCCCUUUGCUCUUCAUUCCCAUUUGCUUUUGGGAUGAGUUUCAACUGCAUUGUUUGCUCUGUUCUUGGGGUUGCAAGGGCUGUUCCUUUUGCUCUGCACUCCCAUUUGUUGUUGCAAUGAGUUUGACUGCA